AUGUUGGUUUAUGGUACCAUAAAUUUUUCAACACCAGUUCAUCUCCAAACAAAUGGUCAUUCUGUAUUAAGCACAACUAAAUCACUCCAUUUUUCGCAAAACCAUACCAGAACCAACUUUUAUAUAAACUGCCAACUCACCGCAAUUAACAAAUCAUUAAAGAAUUGGGUAAAUGAUAUAAGCUGCUUUCAGAGACAACUUAGAAAACAAAAUGAACAUACCAAGAAAUACAAAGUAGGUGUUCAAAUAAUAUCACAACACCAACAACAACAACCAGAAACAAUACCACAAAAACAACAACAACAACCAGAACAAGACAAUACUCAUAUAAAACGUAGUCAACUAAGACUAUCUUAA